AUGAACUUUAUCUUGCUGCUUAGUCUGACGUUAGGGGUCGCUGCCCUGUACACUCUUCUUGGGCCGAAGCGGAAAAUUGCCCGUGGGCCGUUGCCACCAGGGCCUUCACCGCUGCCUAUUGUCGGCAACAUCAAUGACCUCCCACCGAGCGGUAAACAGGAUUGGUUACACUGGCUAAAAUACAAAUCUUCCUACGGUCCUAUCAGCUCGAUCACGGUACUGGGACAAACCCUUGUGAUUGUGAAUGAUUCCAAAAUCGCACUUGACUUGUUGGCAAAAAAAUCUUCGAUUUAUUCCUCUCGACCCAGGAUGACAUUUGCGUCAGAGAUGGUAGGAUGGGAAGAUGGUCUCGCAUUCCAGGGCUACACCGAUAGGUUCCGCGCUUAUCGUAAAGCAAUUCAGCCAAGCUUUGGUUCUGAGUCGGCAGUUGCACAGUUCAAUCCCUUGCAAGAAGUGGAAUCACGACGAUUCCUCUUUCGUGUGCUGAAAGAUCCCGCGAAUCUUUUGCAGCACAUUCAAACUGAGGCUGGAGCCGUGAUUCUUAACAUCGCCUAUGGCUACAGAGUCGAGCCUUUCGGACGGGAUCAUUUAGUUCACCUCACCAAUGAAGCCUUGGACGAAUUCGGUCAAGCUACAAUACCCGGGGCCUGGAUGGUGGAUCUGAUCCCUGCCCUCAAAUAUGUUCCCAGCUGGUUCCCAGGGGCUGGCUUCAAGCGGACUGCAAAUCUUUGGAGAGAACAUCUUUCGGGCAUUGCCGAUAGGCCCUAUGACUUCGUGAAACAACAAAUUGAAAAUGGAAAAUACACACCAUCGUACCUCAGCGAUAUGCUUCAGGCUGGUUUCCCAGAGUCAGGGUCGGAGAAAGAGCUAGUCGCGAAAUGGACGGCCGCGUCGCUUUACACUGGCGGUGCGGACACAACCGUCUCUUCUAUCAACUGCUUCUACCUCGCCAUGGCGAUAUUCCCCAAUGUUCAGCGCAGAGCUCAAGAGGAGAUUGAGCGUGUGGUUGGACAAAAUAAGCUUCCCAGCAUUGAGGAUCGCGUGAAUCUGCCCUAUAUCAAUGCCAUGGUGAAGGAAGUUCUACGAUGGCACCCAGUCGCUCCGAUGGGUAUUCCGCACAUGUCGACAGCCGAUGACACCUACGAGAAAUACUUCAUCCCAAAGGGAUCUCUUGUUCUCGCCAAUAUCUGGGCCAUGAUGCACGAUCCCGAGGUCUACCCAAACCCAAUGGAGUUCCAGCCCGAGCGAUUCCUCGGCGAAACCCCCGCGCCCGACCCUCAUGCGAUUGCCUUCGGAUUUGGGCGCCGCGUAUGUCCAGGUCGAUUCUUAGCUGACAAUACAGUCUUCCUGAGCGUGGCUCAGUCACUCGCUGCUUUCAAUAUUAGUGGGGCUAAACAAGGCGGCGUAGAGGUCACGACGCCGCAAUUCGACCCUGGUGUUAUUAGCCAUGCCUCGCCUUUCCAGUGUGAUAUCAAGCCUCGAAGCUCGGAGCUAGAAGCUCUCAUCCUGUUAGUGGAGCAGGAUCAUCCUUGGGAGGAGAGUAAUGCUGUAGAGUUGCAGAAGGUUGGGUAUUGA